UUUUUGAUAUUCCCUUUGUUAUCUUCGAUAACGAACGAACUUGUUCCUACAAAUGAAAUAAGAAAAGAUUAAUUUUAUUACAAAAAAUAUUUACAUGCAUUUAUUUAUUAGUUAUUCCAACUUAAAAAUAAGUUACUCAACUUAAAACGUUGUGGCAAUUGUGUAUGAUUGUAAAGUAAAGACAAUCAAUUGUUGUUUUUAUGUAUUCACAAUGAGUUUCUUGUUUGGAAGUCGUUCGUCAAAAACAUUUAAACCAAAGAAAAAUAUACCAGAAGGAACCCAUCAGUAUGAGUUGAUGAAACAUGCUGCUGCUACGUUGGGAUCAGGAAACUUAAGAUUAGCUGUGAUGCUGCCAGAGGGCGAAGACUUAAACGAAUGGGUAGCAGUGAAUACUGUGGACUUCUUUAAUCAAAUUAAUAUGCUUUAUGGAACAAUAACCGAAUUUUGUACAGAGGACAGCUGUCCUAUAAUGUCUGCCGGACCAAAAUAUGAAUACCAUUGGGCAGAUGGUCAUACAGUUAAGAAACCCAUUAAAUGUUCAGCACCAAAGUAUAUUGACUAUUUAAUGACUUGGGUCCAGGACCAACUAGAUGAUGAAACAUUAUUUCCAUCAAAAAUAGGUGUUCCAUUUCCAAAAAAUUUUCAAUCCAUCGCUAAGACUAUUCUGAAGAGGCUGUUUAGAGUGUACGCGCAUAUAUACCACCAACAUUUUAGCGAAGUGGUGCAAUUGGGAGAAGAGGCACAUUUGAAUACAUCAUUUAAACAUUUUAUAUUUUUCGUUCAGGAAUUCAGUUUGAUUGAACGCAGGGAGCUGGCUCCCCUACAAGAAUUGAUCGACAAGCUAACCGCGAAAGAGACUCGAUGAAUAAUCUAAGCUUAAUAGGAUCUAUAUACCUCUGCCUUGUAUUUAAUUUGACUCGUGUGAUCCCUUUUGGUCUAUAGAAGACACUAACAAGGAGCGCAUGUUGCACAUGAAUAUACUUUAUACUUUAGCGAUUGAGUUAAAGAAGCGAUUUUAUUAUUUAGGAUUUUCUUUUUACUGUUAUAUAGUUUGUUAUAUUUAUAGUAGUUCAUUCGAUAUUUUUUAUAUCUAACGCGUAUGAUGUAUUUAUUUAGAUUGCUUAAUAAAAUUUGUGAAACUUUGGAAGUGACAGGGUAUGACAUUGAUCAAAUGUUUGGACUGUUUUGUCAUUACGAUGUUUUUUUAAUGUAAAUUAACUGUCACCUGUGUCUAGUCAAAUGAUUCAGUUUUUCAGCGGUUUUCCAUUGUAUGUUCGAUAUAUAACAGUCUAGAAAUAAUUUUAUUCUGCAAAAUGAUAAAAGUAUAUAAGGAAAAUCAAUUAAACCAACAUUUAAGAUACAAUUUGUAUAAGGAAGUUAAUUUUUUGAUUGAAUACAUGAGAAUUAUGUUACGUUAACUAAUUUUCAACAAUUCCAAGUAGCAAAAUGGUCCAAACGUUACAUAUUUAGUUUUUAAUUUACUAUUAUACUUACCAAGUUUCAUAAAGACACCUGCUUCUUAGAGUUCCUGAGAUAUUUAGGACAUUAAACAUAUUUUUAUUUUACUUUUGUUCGUAAAUCACGCUUUGCAACUUGACAAUGACUGUUUGGGUUUCGUAAUUGGGGUACGACAUCGAAUAUAGCUUACAUAGAACUGCUCGAAGCUAUCUGGGGACUUACACAAUCAUUCUGAGGUUGUAACAUAUGAGGGUUGUCUUUUUAGUUUUGCAUAUAGCCAUAAAGGCAGAGAAUAUACAGGGUGUCCCGGAAAAUAGUGAGUUCCAUCAAGCUUUGGGCUAAGUGCACCAUUUAGAGCAAAAGUCUGAAAAAAUUUUAUUGUAAAGUCAACCGUUUUCAAAAAAAUAAUUUAUUAAUUUUAAUGCAUUUGAUUAAUAUCCACAGAAAUGCAAAUACAGCCGGCAACGCUGCGUUCCUUCUUCUGUGUAAAAAUAAUUUUACUCGAACUCAACUAUCAUGAAUCAUCGACCAUUAGGCAUAAUAUUAUGUAUUGAUAAAAUACUGAUAAGAGUGAUAGAAAAACAGCAUAAUAUUCGUGUUUAUUAAAUAUCUAAUAAUUAAGGUUUGUAUAGUGUUUUAAUUUACAUGAAAAUUUUUUAUUACAAUCGAAUCAAUCAAGCUACGUCUUCAAGAAGUAUCUAUCGGUAGAACAUGUUACAGAAAAUUUGAGUAUUACAUUUCUCCAUUCAAUCUUCUGGGAAGUUCGAGUGGUUCAAUCAGAUGAUUACUAAUAAUCCCAGCCCAUACAUUAAUACUUUUGGCAUUAUAAAUGUAAAACACACACAUCAUUUCUCGUAAAACAAGCUUUAUCUACACAUAACAUUUUACACAUUUUGUUUUGAAACCAUCUACAAAUCCUUAAACUUCGAAGUAAAUCGCCUUGGUGUAUCUAAAUCUUGCACUAAUAAUUAAUUAUACACUAUAGGUACGUAAUUAACAUGAUACUUGCGAUCGAAAUCAUGACAAUACCACAACAAUACAAUGUAUUCUCGGGUUACAGGUAAUUAUGAUAUUAUGACUGUUUGUGUUUACAAUUUUAAAUAUCUUCGUUAUGUCAAAAUAAAUAAAACUACCGGGUUGCCAAAUGUAAAUUUUAGUAAAAGACAUUAUUUUAUUUUUUCGAGGCAACAGAUAUGACUUUAGAAAAAAAAAUGUAUAAGAAAGUUUUCUUUUAAAUGGUGCAUUCUACUCACACCUUUAAGGAACGCACUAUUUUCCGGGACACCCUGUAUAGAUUUAAAGCACUUUAUUGUUUUUCAAAAUAUGUCCCACCAAUAUCAAUACACUUUUGCAUACGUUCAAAGCAGUUAUUCAGUCUUAAGUUGACACCUGUAAAAUCGCUGUUUAAAAGCAUCGAUGGCUUCUUUUGGCGACUGGAAUCGCUCCCUCGCAUUGAAUUCUCGAUCUUUGGGAAUGUGCAGAAAUCGAUGGAACUUGCGUCGAGGCUAUAUGGUGGAUGGUUUAACAAUUUGAUGCUUUGAAGCUCCAAAAUCUAUUGUCUUUUGGGCAGUGUGAGCACUUGCAUUGUCCUGAUGUUGGAUGAUUCGCAGUUGUGUGUUGCUUUCUCCGACUUUCACGAUAACUUCUGGUAAAUAAACUGUUAUAUACCAAUCAGAAGUAACCAUUCUUCGAUCUACUAAAGCAAUUGUUACCAGAUUUUGACACAAAAGUUACGACCAUUUACUUUGACACACUUCAGGAACGGAUCACUUUUGUUGGUUUUUCCUCAUCGUGAAACACCCACACAGCGGAUUGGCGUCUAUUUUCGGGUUUGUAGGAGUAAAUUAAAGAUACAUCGUCACUAAUAAUACAAUAAAACGUUUUUUGAGCUUCCUUUGUUGAACCGUUCCAAUGCUUUUCGACACUAACUGACGUGAAUGGCUUUUUACUCUUCUAUGAGCAAAUGAGGGAUCCAACUGGAAACCAACUUCGUAACACUCAGUUCUUCAUGAAGGAUCUUUUUUAUCGAGGUUUUUGAAAUGUUCAAAGAUGCCUCUAUCUUCCGGUAUGUUACACGGUGGCCAUCUGGACCUGGUCUGGAUUCGUUGCUGAAAUUAGAGCUACCACGUUGAAAUUCGCAAUAUCAGCGACAAAUAGUUGACUGGUGUGGUGCUUCAGUCGCAAACACAGAAACCAUUUCAGCGAGACAUUGCUGUUAUAUAAUCGUCUCCAAAAAUUGUAAAAAAUUAUUGCUUGAAAAUAUUCUUGUCUAAGAUCCAUUUUUCGACCAACUUGCUAGUUUAAAAAAUUCAUUGUGUCUACACGACUUGUAUCGCAAUAUGCCAACAAAGGAUUGAGGUUACAUUUGUGUCAGAAGGUUUUAUUGGUGGCGCCAUCUAAGCGGCUAUAUGCAAAACUAAAAAGACAAACCUCGUACUGCACUGAAGUGCUAUGGAUUAUUAUCCAACACCACUGUUUUAAAAACACGAAAAAUUUAUAAUAGGUUAUGAGUAAAUAUUUUAUUUUUUUGUCAGUUCUUUAAUACUGUUCUUCGGAAAUACAUGUUACUUUCAUGUUAUUGAUUGAAAAUACUUCUAAAAUCUUGUUUGACUUUAACCAUAAAAAUUAGAUUUUUUUACUAAAAAAAUUGUUUUGGUAAUUGUUUAAAUAGGUUGAUUUUUCAGGUCUUGUAAGAGAUUUCUAGUUAUCAAGUUCACUUAGAAUUUUCUGGAAUAUUCCUGUCAAUGUUCUUGAACUUAUUAAAGAAAAUUUCAGCUGGGACGUAGAAGAACACACAGGAAAUAAUGUAACAUUGGUAGAAAUCGAAAAAUGAAUUUAUUUUACUGCAAUUUAUAGGAUAUAAUAUGAUCUAUUAGUCAUUCGAAAACUGCUAUGCAUCCAAUACGACACCAAAGGUGUCAAAUCCACAGAUCAAGGUGGAUAUUUUGGGCAAGGAAACCUAUAAAGUGCCUUUGCAGUAGUAAUAGCCCAAUGCAAAUAGAUUUUGCUCUCUAAAAGCUUAGUUUUGAGUUGAUAUGGAAUGAGUAGAAGUCAGUUUUUACUCGGAAGUAUAGUAGAAUACCCUUGUUUUGUACCCAGACCCAAGAAAGUUAAGAAAUUAGUCAACUGGGUUACUGGAAGAAAAAAGAACAAGGUAAUCAAUAUAUUAGGCAACUGUAUAUGCUCAUUUUUAUCAAUGAGAUAUACAUAAUGAAGUAAGCAGUAUGACAUGAUUGACAAGUGACAGCAACAUGAACUUGAGUAGCAACAAGCAAUUUUUCUGGUUAAAAGUUCAAAAAAUGGCGGUCCAAAGAAACAAGUGGAUUAAAUGUACUGUUGGUAAUAUUUAUACUUGAUGAUUGCUGGAUUUUGCUGGACAAUCUCGUUUAAUGGAUCAAAUCUAUGUUCGAUAUUCUUUGCACAGGACUCCUAUCGUUAUCGUAAUACGUUUAAGCUUCACCAAAUCCCACUUAUAGACUAUAUUGGACAAAUUAUUUUCGUCUAGCUUUGUGUAUGUUACUAAAAUUGUCGCAAAUGUGUCGUAUGUAAUAAGGUGUUAGAUAAAAUUAUUUUUUUAUUUUUUAUAUUCGACGCAAGAAGUAUUUUCAUAGAUGUUUCUCCCCAAAUCAACCAAAGUGAUAAUAUGUGAGAAUCUUUGGCAUUUUAAAUUACAAUAAAAUGAACAAUAUA